AUGGGGCUCCCUGAAGACUCUGAAUUACGGGAGUCGUUGACGAAAAGACCCCCCGAGGAUAUGAGGCAACUGAUGAGACGCAUAGAGGAGUACAAACGACUGAAGGACGACCGGCUGCAGAGCAGGGGGAAAGCUCCGCUAAUUGGGAGAUCUCGGCAAGGCGUUGUGCCGGCAAGACCCAAGAAAGACUUCAGAAUGCAAGAACCAGAGGUGCAAAUCGAAGGGGUUAAUGUGGCGUUUAAAGAGCCCGUGCACAAAAUCUUGGAGCGGAUCAAGAACGAGUCAUUCUUCAGGCAACUAGUAAAGGCAGGGCACCUGAAAGAGUUUGUGGUAGACUCCACUGACCGAGAAGCCGGCCAGGGCAUCCAACAGAAAAGGAACCCUCUCCCGCCUCCACUAGGGGUAAUCGAAGUCAUCCAUGCUGCACCAAGAGGAACGGCAGCAGCAAAAAGGGUAUUAACAGUUGCUUGCACGGGAGGAGAUUCAGCCGAGAAGAAGAAGAAAGUAGAACGGCUGACCAUCUCGUUCGGAGAAGACGAUUUGGAAGGAACGGUCCAACCCCAUGACGAUGUUUUGGUGGUGACGGCCCGGAUAGGCGGAUUCCUGGUGAAGAGGGUAAUGAUCGACCAAGGGAGCGGGGCUGACGUCAUGUACCCGGACCUCUUCGAAGGGCUCGAAUUGAAGACCCAGGAUUUGGCGAAGUAUGACACGCUGCUGGUCUCAUUUGACGGGAAAGUCGUAAUUCCCGAGGGACAAAUCUCUCUCCCCGUGGACAUGGAAGAUGCCGAGACAAGGUACCUGCCCCUGGAGAAGUUAGUUUUAGCCCUGGUGCACGCCACUAGGAAGUUGCCACACUACUUCCAGGCUCAUACAGUGUUCGUCCUCACUGAGUAUCCAUUACAGUCACUGUUAAAGAGAUCAGACUUCACAGGCUGA